AUGUACCAAGGGAAGGUCUUGAAGCCUGAAUUCCUGGAGAUUGUUCGUAUUGUCUCAGAUGAACUUGGACUGUUGUAUCUGACACAGUGCGUUCAAAGCAACACGUCCGCAGAAGAGAUGCUAAUAUACGGAACGUUGUUGGAAAGACUAGCCGGUAACGAGCCCCUUCAACCAAGCAGAUCUCCUAAGGAGAUGCUGUCAACGAAUGAGAGUCCCUGUGCUACAGACACGCAAGCCACUUUCAACCUGGGCCACUUUUACACGACAUGCGCUUCUAAGCGAUGA